AUGCUCAACAUGAAGCUAAAGGAGCGCCUUGCGCUCGCAAUCAGCGCCUUCCUCGUACUCUUCACGCUGAUGCUGAUAGUGGACAUACAAAUGGACUAUGGCAAUUUUGCUAACAAAGUACCACUGCCCCUACACGCUCGUGUCCAUUCUGGAGACCUAGAAGAUAAAGGCCGGUCAGCAUAUAUUGAAUUUCGGAAGCGGUUCCUUCAAAAAAGCAACGGCAGCAAUGGUUCUCGAGAAUACGAGCAGUCAGCGCCUGGCGAGACAAGUGGAGGGGGGACUGAUGCUGAGCCUAGAACGCCAGCGCCCCCUACCGACCGCUACGAAGACUUGCAGAAGAUUAUACUCAGUCAACUGCAGGGCAAAGCUGAGGAUCACACGGUAGUCAUACCUCCACAUCGGGAUCUCAAUAUCUUAAGGCCAGAGAAUCCCACCAUUGGGGAGAUGGAAGAUUUAGAACCUAGCAUAAACGCUUCUAAUUUGGAAAGGUUCCAACUGAAGAUAGCUCAACACGAAUUGUAUGAGGAUGGGGAACCACUAGUGGACGAGAUUCUCAAAGAUAUGGCCACUAACAGCAUCCUACAUGUAGAGCAAAAAGAGGGAGGCACGCAGUUGAAACUUAUUAUUGACUACCCUAAUGGCGUCCAAGCGCUCUUCAAGCCGAUGAGAUUUGCUCGUGAUGUGCAGACGUUGCCGAAUCAUUUUUAUUUUUCUGACUACGAGCGACACAAUGCUGAGAUAGCAGCGUUUCACCUGGACAGGAUACUCGGUUUCCGUCGCGCGAUGCCGGUCGUGGGCCGAGUCCUCAAUAUGACGACAGAGAUCUACGAUGUAACUGAAGGUGACAUUCUAAAGACCUUCUUCGUUUCACCGGCAAACAACUUCUGCUUCCACGGCAAAUGUUCCUACUAUUGUGACACUGGCCACGCAAUCUGUGGCAACCCUGACAUGCUCGAGGGCAGUUUUGCAGCGUUCCUUCCCUCAUCCGAUAUCGCAGAACGAAAGGUUUGGCGACACCCGUGGAGAAGAUCCUACCACAAGCGAAGAAAAGCUCCGUGGGAACUACAAUCUGACUAUUGUGACACAGUCCGCACCACUCCUCCUUAUGACUCAGGUCGUCGGAUGCUCGACCUCAUGGACAUGUCCAUCUAUGACUUCCUCUCCGGGAACAUGGACAGACAUCACUACGAGACUUUUAAAAUGUUCGGGAAUGAGACGUUCACAUUGCAUCUGGACCAAGGGCGUGCGUUCGGCAAGGCGUUCCAUGAUGAACUGAGCAUCUUGGCGCCGCUGCUGCAGUGCUGCCUUGUGAGGCAUACUACCCUCUCCUUGUUGCUGAAGUUCCACAACGGUGUUCCUCUAUCAAAAGUUCUCCGUGAAUCAUUAAAGCUAGAUCCAGUAAACCCCAUACUGUGGGAGCCACAUCUCGUCGCCCUAGACCGACGCGUGCUCAUCAUACUUGACGCUAUAAGAAAUUGCGUCAACAAGGCCGAGUCGCCCCUACAAAACGAGGUGAACGAUUUUGUAUGA